GCCAUAAAUGUUGUGUGGAAUGAGAAGAUCUACUCUGUGACUUCUCUGACCUGUUUAACAUUCAGAAUGAUACCCCGUUGAAGAGACGGUGAAUGAUCUUUGGUGACGAGAGCAUGACUUCUUGCAAAGAGGUAGCAGUACAAUUUUAAAAACCUUAUCCCUGAACCUAUAACAACAUCUAGAAAUGCCAACUGAUGUACGGCAAAGAGAAGUCCUACCAAAUCUUAUUUUUAUUAUUCUUGGACUGUCAAUAGGCAUUACCACGAUUUCCUAUAUUGAAGAUGCUAUAUACUAUAGACAAAACAAAGAAGGUUUUGAAGCAGUUGUGGGUUGGUUGCAAGAGCAUGCACCCAAUGCAGUGAGGUUAAAGCAAGCCUUUUAUGAUGCAGGCAUUGUCCGACUUGAGAAGUUGUGCUUACUUACUGUUGAUGAAGUUCAAUACCUAAGUAAUGACUGGUACUUCAGUAAAAAUGUAAACCUGGAAAAUGAUUUGAGGACACUUAGAAAGGAGAUGGCAUUAAAGUUUUGGCUAAAAGAAGGCAAGUUAGAGGAUAUCUUCAAAAAACUAUCUGAUGGUGGUAUCAAAAGCCUUGAGAUGCUAGUUAAUGGUCUCCAGUAUGAUAAAUUGGCUCACUUACUCAAUGCUGAAGAAGCAAAAAAAAUCCAGGAUUUAUGGGAGAGAGUUUGGAUGUUGAGGAGCCAAUCUGAUCCUAAUCUUCUGGACCAAUACCCAGUAGAAAAACCAACCUCUGUCUUCAUGAAAUUACUUGGCCUGUUUUGGAGAAUCACAAGAUCACUUGCAAGACUGAUUCUGCUACUAUCAAUCAUUGCUCUAGUUCUGAUUGUACUUGCUACACUGCUGCUACGCUACCUCUAUUCACUGCUGCUACGCUACGUCUUUGAAAACGUUUUAGCAGCAAUAGGACAGGGAAUAGGACAAGCAUUGAGAAACCUUCAGACACGGAGUCGGCAUCUUCCUGUGGUACCGUCAGUGGUGAGCCCAAGACGUCCUCUUUCUUCUCCCCCACAGAGUGAGAAUUCUCAAACAGCGAGUGGGUUAGGACAGAGGAUCUUAAACUUUUUAUUUGGAAGAAGAGAUAACACAAGACCCCAGGUGCCAUUCAGUCCAAAUAAAACUUCAUUUGAUUUCUCUUGGGGUGAUAAAGAAGCAGUUGUUGGUGAAAUGUGCAGUAUCACUAUUAAGUUUUAUUCCACUAUGUUUCGGGCAGUUGAAUGCAGUAAGAUCCAAAACCCUAUGGCAGUUAUAAUGUGCGGAGUUGAUGUAGUACCAAGUGCACUUGAGGAAAGCAGCCAAUGGUCUUUCAAAGCUAAGUUCACUCCGACUUCUGCCAGCGAACAUGAUAUUUCUUUUUACGCCAAUGGGAUCUGUGUUAAAUCUUUCACAAAAAAAUUUAUACCAGGGGCUGUUGUUCCAUCUAAAACAAGAGUAAAAACCCCCAGCUCAACAAUCGUGCAAAAACCAUAUAUGCCAGCUGAUUUAUCUUUGAGUGAAUGCGAUAAAUAUGGCAAUGUCUGCAAAUCUACAGAGGAAUCUCUUGAAAAGUAUACCGUCACGGUCACUCAGAUUAAAGAAAAUGGCAGGGAGAUGAAUCAAGGCGAUGGUUAUGUAUAUCUGGUUGACAGUUUUGCAAUGGUGAUGAUCUUUCAUGACAUCGGGUGUUACAAAGUAUCCAUAACACACGGGGACCAGCCUAUAGCAAACAGCGAUAUCACUUUCAUUGUCUUAUGCGGGUCGAAAAGGAAAAAAGUUUACAUAUAUUUAACAACAAAGCAACUUCUUAUUAAAGAAUACUACAUGAAAAUAAUACCGAAAAGAUGCCGUGCUAUGCGAAUUCGUACAACACUUAAGUUCUCGUUGCUACCAAAUAUUGACAAUGACACUGGCUAUCCUCUUAUGACUAUUGAAGUGCCCAUGAAUGAUCCAAUUUUACUGGCUUGCAAAAGUAGGGAUCUCGUCGUUGCUGCAUUCACACAAACACUUCUUAGAAAGACAGGGGGUGCCGAUACAUUCGAUAAUAAACGAAGUUAUCUGUAUUCAGAGCUGAGAAAACGUUACAGCGGAAAAUCCCACUCACGGCACACUAUUCGGGUCAAUAGAGAGACACUUCUUAAAGAUUCCCAGCAUGCUGUGAAGUACUUAAGUGACAGCGACUGGGGGAAGGAAUUUGUAGUUGACUUCAUCAAUGAGCCUGGUCUCGACUUUGGAGGUGUCAGGAGGGAAUGGUUCCAGGUUUUAUGCGAUUUGCUGUUCAAGCCCGAGAACCAUUUGUUUCACAAAUCAGGAAAGGAUGAUGCACAGUCUUUGAUUCACCCGAACCCGUUCAGACCAGCGUCCUUGAAAAGGCUAGAUCUCUACGAAUUUGCUGGAAAAAUCGUUGCAAAGCAUCUUAUCGAGUGUGCAUUUGACAGACAACAAUUCGUGAGGGCCAGAUUUUCCAGAGCGUUUCUUUCUCAAAUUAUUGGCUUGGAUGUUUCAUGGAGGACUUUUGAAUCAGACGAUAAAGAGUUAUACAGAACAAAGAUUGACUACAUUCUGAAAAAUAACCCAGAAGAGUUGGAUUUGACAUUUACCGAGGAUGUUUAUGACGAUGAGCAAAAUUUUAUCAAGACAGUCGAACUGCUGCCCGGAGGGAGUCGAAUAGAUGUCACCAAUGACAACAAACUAAAGUAUCUACAACUCAGUGCAGAAUACAGGAUGAUUAAAAGUGUUAAAGAUGAAAUAAACUCUUUUACCAAAGGUUUCAAUGCUCUAAUACCAGAAAACCUCCUCUCGAUAUUCGAUGAAAGUGAAUUGGAGCUUCUUAUAUGUGGGACACACGAAAUAAGUCCAAUGGAUCUUAAAGAGAAUUACGUAAAGUGCUUUGGCGGAGGCUACAGUUUUGACAACACACUGGUGUGGUUUUGGGAGAUUAUCUUUGGUUUCAGUCAAGAGGAACUUGCACGUCUUCUUCAGUUCACUACAGGCUCUGCCCAAUUGCCUCCUGGUGGCUUCAAAAAUCUUAAUCCAAUGUUUCAAAUCAACUCACAUCCUGGCACUGAUGUUCUGCCAUUAGCACAUACCUGUUUUAACAUGCUUUGUUUGCCCGUCUAUUCAUCGAAAGACAAAUUCAAGCGCUUGCUGUUAAUUGCAGUUAAUGAAGGGUCUGAAGGAUUUGGCUUCGGGUAAAUGUAAAAAUUUGAAAAGACACUAGUUCCACUUCAUUGAGAUGUAAAUAAUUUGUUAACAAUUACCCCUCGAAAUUGUUGAUAAAAUUUUGGAAUUGUUUAAGUAAACAAAUUUAGGUUUUAGCUCUGGUAAGUCUAAGUUUUGGGAAGAUUACUCCGUAUAAUGAAAAAAUUUUUAUACCUUUAUAAGAGGCCCUUUUUAACGUACCAGCUAGGGGGGAGGGGGCAAUUUCCCCUCCAGCCCCAGUAUUCUUCUAUUGCUUAAAGCAAUAAAAUUUUUUCCUCCUCAAAAUAGAAACAAAUGCUUUCCUCCGCAGCUAAUUUCUUUUCUAUAAGGUUAUCCUGCAUAUAACUUUUUACUGUCUUUGAGAAAAUGAAUCGCCGCAAAUGUGUAGCUACCAGUCUCGAAAUAGUUUACAUCAAACAUUUUUUAAAAACGAGAUGACGCUGCAAUAUAGAAGUAUCCGUAAAAGUCAAGCAUGGUAUGUCCAAUGUCUUGUGCCUGACUAUUCAAGAGUAAAACGAGCGUAGUUACUUUUAUUCUGAAUUUUUUCCUGUUCGCUGAAUCGUUUCUGUCCUAUACACUUCAGGCACCGCGGAGUAGGGGGGCUGGGCUGGGCUGGGCUGGGGCAAUGGCAUCCCACUCUUUACAAAAAAUGCAAAAUAUUUAGAAGUGAACCACCAGUAAAGCCUCUUUGUAUUCUGUUUUAGCCCCCGCACUUUUUUAGACCUUCCCCCUCCCACUUUUCUCAACGCUCCGUGGUGUCUGGCACUUCUAUACUGGUUGAUGUUAAGAACUGUAUUUAUUUCAUUAGAAACCGUCUUAACCAAAACUUUAAAGAAACGUCAAGUGAAGUAGUUUUGUACCAGAUCUCAGAGCACAUUUGCGAGACUCAAUUGUACUUCACAAUUUCCUCAGAUAAGAACAGGUCAGCAAGGUAUGUAGAUACUUUAAACCAACCUAUGGCAAAAAAAAUUGUGUUGACUUGUGCAAAUUUCAGUCUAUAGUGAAACACAUUCGAUGCAUGCGGUCACUAUCGGCUAAGGCGUGACUCGAUGUAAUUAAGUAAAAUAGCAAAAAGUAUUUCGUGUUUUAAAAUAUUUAGAUUGUUUCUUUAUGUAAUGAGAGCCAAUUUAUUUUAGUGAUCGCUUUUAUAACAACAUUCAAUUUUAUAAAUUAACGCCUAAAUCUGUACAAAUUGAUAAGAUAAUGCAACACAUUAUUAAA